GUUACAGCGCCAGCCUUCCGCAGCUCCGGCUGUCCCGGCUUCAGUCCGGGAGGCCCCGCGGGCAGUGGGACUCCGUCGGCCUUGGGAUCCCUGCGGGGCUCAGACCCGAGACAGCUCGCAAGGCCCUGGUAAGGGGUGAUCCAGGGAGCCCCGUGCCCGCUCCACACGGCCACCGGCUCCUUAGGUAAAGCCGCUGAUGCUCUUAGUCCAGGCUGUUGCCAGUGAUUGACUUGAUACAGAUGAGACAUAUUUCUCAAGAGGAGAAAGAAUAACAGCUGGAGAAAAUUAAGCUUGAGCAAAAUCAGACGCCAACACCAGCCGCUUUCCUCGGUCCUCUUGCCGCCACAGCUCCCCAUGGAGAAGGCUGAGGACGGGUCCCAGGGCUUCCUGCCGCCCUUCGAGCACUUCGCCACUCAGGCCAUCCACGUUGGGCAGGAGCCGGAGCAAUGGACCUCCAUGGCCGUGGUGCCCCCCAUUUCUCUCUCCACCACCUUCAAGCAGCAGGCGCCCGGCCAGCACUGCGGUUUCGAAUAUAGCCGUAGUGGAAAUCCUACUCGGAAUUGCCUGGAAAAGGCUGUAGCAGCACUGGAUGGAGCCAAGUACUGUUUAGCUUAUGCUUCAGGCUUAGCAGCUACUGUGAAUAUUACACAUUUGUUAAAGGUGGGAGACACUGUUAUCUGUAUGGAUGAUGUUUAUGGAGGUACAAACAGAUAUUUCAGGAAGGUAGCCUCCAAAAUGGGUCUGAAGAUUACUUUUGUUGACUGUAGCAAAUUGGAAUGCCUGGAGUCUGCAAUCACACCAGAUACAAAGCUUGUUUGGCUUGAAACUCCCACAAAUCCCACCCUGAAGAUAAUUGAUAUUCAAGGCUGUGCAGAUGUCAUCCAUAAACAUAAAGACAUUAUUUUAGUAGUAGACAACACUUUUAUGUCAGCAUAUUUCCAGCGUCCUUUGUCUCUUGGGGCAGAUAUUUGUAUGUAUUCAGCAACCAAAUACAUGAACGGGCACAGUGAUGUUGUAAUGGGAUUGGUUUCAGUAAAUGGUGAUGAUCUCUAUGAAAGGCUCAAAUUCUUACAAAAUGCCCUUGGAGCAGUUCCAUCUCCUUUUGACUGUUACCUUUGCAAUCGGGGUUUAAAGACACUGCAGAUCCGGAUGAAGCAGCAUUUCCACAAUGCACUGGCUGUUGCUCAGUACCUUGAAUCAAAUCCCCGGGUAGAAAAAGUCAUUUAUCCUGGACUGCCCUCGCAUCCUCAGCAUAAGCUAAUGAAGCGUCAGUCCACUGGCUGUCCUGGGAUGGUCACCUUUUACAUUAAAGGAAACCGUGAACAUGCUGAAAUCUUUCUCAAGAAUUUAAAGCUUUUUGCGCUGGCUGAGAGUCUGGGAGGAUAUGAAAGCCUAGCAGAACAUCCGGCCAUUAUGACUCACGCUUCAGUUCCUGAAGAAGAGAGAGAGGUUCUUGGGAUCAAUGAUACUUUGAUUCGCCUGUCAAUUGGUUUGGAGGAUGCACAAGAUAUACUGGACGAUGUGGAGCAAGCUUUGAAAGUAGCAGUCCCAGAGCAUAUGGUUCGCAACUAAGAAUCUAAGACCUGAAAUUGGAAGCUGAUCACUACACAGCUAAGACACCCAAAGAAGAUUAAAUGAAAAGCUAAACCACUGAUAAGUUUCUUCAGAUUUGCCUUUGAAAGUGAAGGGUUUCAGAAAAAAAACCCCCACACCCUAAACUUAUAUUCAAUCAAACUUUAGAUACCUAAGCACGGUAUGCAUCCGAUGAAGUGAGCUGUAGCUUACGAAAGCUCAUGCUCAAAUAAAUUGGUUAGUCUCUAAGGUGCCACAAGUACUCCUAAUCUUUUUUAGCUUCACUCUCCAGUGACUCAACAUGGGUCAAACUUAUGCACAAAACUUAUGCUUUCAGAGGUGUCAUCCUCUUGUUCUUCCUGCUCUUAUGACUUGAAACAUCACUCUUUCUGAGAAAAGCUUGUUGAUAUGAGAGCAGCUGUGAUGUACAUGCAAGAGUAUUACAUCCAGAUCUCAAAUAUUAAAAAUAGGGUGUUAUGCUGUACAGUGGUACAUGCUGCAGUUAUGUGGGUACAGCCUGUUUUUUCCAUCAUCCAUACUGUAGUAUUUUUUUUUUUUUAAAAAAUCACAUAUCUAACUGAAGGUAGAUUUUGAAUGGUGUAGGAUCAAACAGACUUUUUGAAUGAGAAUAUCAAAUCUGGUUUUAUAUUGUGCAACACUGAAAAUUUAAAAGCCCUACCUGAUACUGUAAUUUUCUGAAGAUUGACAGGCAAGAUAAGCAGAAUUUAGUCUUAAAUUUUUAACGGAAUGGGUUAUAUUUGAGAACAAUUUCAGUCUUAACUCCUGUCUUAUCAAGAUAGAAUUGUUUCUGUGUGCUUUAAUUUCUAAAGUGGAUAAUUUAAUGAAAGGGGAAAUUAAAUGGAUCAUUUGUCAGACAGACUACAAUAAUUUUAAAAACAUUAAACAGUUUUCACAAAUCAAAUGAAAUUUAGACUUUUUAAAAAGAAAAACCUAUUAGAUCACAUACUGGUUCUCUGGCCUUUUAAAACCCACUAUUUAACAUUCUUAAAUUGUUUAAAAUGUUCUGUAUGAAUUGUAAGUGAAACAUUAGUGAAUAAAAUGAAUGGCACAAAGCUAA